AUGGGGGAGAACCCACCGCCACCAGAGAGACUAUUGGGUGACUACGGAGGCGCAGAUGCACCGGCUGCAGCCGGUGGCUCAACUAAUUUCUCAAUAGCCACCGGUAUCAAAAAGAUCAUUGAAGUGAUUGCUGCUAAUGAGCACUUAGAGUUGUAUGACAGAUGUACAAGUAAACCUGAAGGAGUUAUUGAUCUGAAUAUAGAAACUAAUAAAAUCCGUAUAGAAGAUACAAUCACCUCCGAUGUCGAAAAGAAGUUGAAGGCUAUGAAUAUAGAGAUCAAAGAAAAUAAAGCAGUAAGGGAGGAAGUCGUUGCACCUAAACAAGUGGUGAAAGAAAAAGUCGUUGAACAAAAACCGGUCAUUAAGCUUCCAUUCUCCACAAGAAACAAGAAAAAGGGGCAAAAUGAGAAAAACUUUGAGAAAUUCUUAGAGAUGUUCAAGAAGCUAGAAAUCAACAUUCUACUUUUGGAAGCACUUGAGCUAAUGUCUACCUAUGCCAAGUUCAUAAAGAGCAUCAUUUCUAAGAAGCAAACCAUUGACACAAACCCGAUUAUUCUAACCAAAACUUGUAGGGCUAUUUUGCAGGGUAUGAAAAUUCCAAUGAAGAAGAAAGAUCGAGGUGUUGCCACCAUCCCAUGCACCCUUGGCGAUAGGUCAUUCAAAAAAGCUCUUAUUGAUUUAGGAGCAAGUGUGAGUCUCUUGUAUUUAUCCAUUUACAAGAAGUUGGGUAUAGGGGUUAUGCAAGACACCAGGAUGACACUUCAAUUUACCGAUCAUUCGGUAAAGAAACCUUAUGGGAUAAUUGACGAUGUUCUGGUGAAGAUUGAUAAGUUUGUAUUCCCGGUGGAUUUUGUGAUUCUAGAGAUUCUCGAUGAUGAAGAGAUCCCUCUCAUUCUUGGGAGACCCUUUUUAGAGACCGGAAGGUGUUUGAUAGACAUAGAGGAAGGUACUAUGACUUGA